UUGUAACGUUGUAUACAGGGUUUAUUUUGGUACGCGUUUUUUCCGUGCUUUCGGCGCGCAAUGACACUAUUCCACUUAUAUAUACCCGUGCGCGCUUUCCUAAAGUCUUAUCGACACGGGGCUGUUUCAAAAACGGUUCUGGGGCUCAGGGUGUGGGACUUAAGAAACAUUUCUCCGUGCUCGUCCAUCGCAAAGCCCAGUAGCAUGGAAGCGAUCUUGAGAAAGACAGUUGUCCCGUUACCCACUUACGAGAUGAGAGACAAAUCUCCACCUCCACCUGAAUCAAACAGUCUGGAGUUAAUGCACUUUUACAAAUGCCUGGAGAAAGAACAGAGACUAGAGUUUUUAGAGAAACUGUCUCAUGAUUUCGGAGUGGAUCACAAAGGGGUCUCGGAUCUGGCAGGAAAGUUGCUGGACUUUCAGGUGCGAGAUCCAGCCACCAUCCUGCAGGUCGAAGACAGGCUACGAUACAGCCUAACACCCCGGUACCGACAUCUGCUCACGCACAUCAGUAAGGUUCAGGGAGGGGUGAAGUUUCUGGUGGACCUCCGGGCAGAUCUCAUCGAAUUUGCAACUUCAAAAAUUAGUGACAGCCCACACAUGAGGGACCUAAACGGCACUCUGAAAAGUCUUCUCUCGGAAUGGUUCUCGGUUGGGUUGCUCCGUCUCGAAAGGAUUACGUGGCAGUCCCCAUGCGAGAUCCUUCAGAAGAUCAGCCAGUAUGAAGCGGUUCACCCGGUGCGGAACUGGACGGAUCUCAAACGCAGGGUCGGGCCGUACAGGAGAUGCUACGCCUUCACUCACGCUUCCAUGCCCGGAGAACCGCUGGUGGUGCUGCACGUCGCCCUCACUGAGGACAUAGCAAAUAACAUCCAGAGCAUUGUGAGAGAGUUUGCCACUCUGGACGCGGAUGAGGAUGUGAACAAGAUCAAUGCAGCAAUCUUCUAUUCCAUCUCCUCCACUCAGGCGGGGCUGCAGGGGGUGGAGCUUGGAAAUUACCUCAUCAAGAGGGUGGUCCUAGAGCUGCAGAGCGAGUUUCCCCACAUGGCCCAGUUCUCCAGUCUGUCUCCCAUACCCGGCUUCGCCGUGUGGCUUCAUGGAGCUCUGGCCCAGCACAAGAAAGAAGGACGUGCCACAGAGCUCCUCUCCGAGCAGGAGUGGAUGCAGGUGGAAGACGUGACGGGAGCCGCCCCCGGUGCCCCGGCUGUGGAGGCCCUGCGCAGGCUCAUCAGCACCAGCGAGUGGAUUCGUUCAGAGCGCCUGAUCCGCGCUCUCGAACCUGUGCUAAUGCGGCUUUGCGCUUGGUACCUGUACGGAGAGAAACGACGGGGCUACGCCCUAAACCCGGUGGCUAACUUUCAUCUUCAAAACGGCGCCACCAUGUGGAGGCUGAACUGGCAAGCGGACACCAGCCCGCGGGGAAUCGCCAACUCCUGCGGCAUAAUGGUUAACUAUCGCUACUUCCUGCAAGAGACUAGCGCAAACAGCGCCGUCUACUUGCAGAAUAAAGUCAUCAAGUCUUCGGAGCAGGUGAUGGGCCUGGUGUCACAAUUCCAGAAGAACAGCAAACUCUGAUGCUAUUCUGGGUUUGUGGACAGAUUUGUUAAAUCUGCAGUUACCAGACAAAUUUAAUAAACUGGCGAGGACAGAACUAGACCAGCAUCUCAAUGGCAGGUUAAUUUGGAGACGGACAGUACUAUUCUGCCUUUCUGAAAGACAAUACAAGUCCAACGUUAGUGUGAUACAUUUCUGUAACCCAGCAUGCCACUUUGGUGAUGUCAAAGAUCUUUUGUCAUUUUUGAGGAGUGCCUGAUAUCCACUCAUUUUUAAUGAAGGGAUAAUUGUCCAAAUGAGUCUAUUUUCUUUAGUCCUUUUCUUCUGGAGAGCGCCAGCAGCGUUUGAAAAGCUGCUAGCUGAUUCUGAUGGGGACUUACGUUACACUUUGAAAGACUGAAAGUAAUGAAGCGGGAAGAAUCUAUCAGACCCUGUCAUGUCUUUGCCUUCUCAGCGAGUGUAUGUAAGAAAGCAUGCGAGUCGAAGCUGCUAUAAUAAAUGAUGUUUUGAUUCCUUCAUUAGUGUGAUCUGAUUCACUGUGAAACUGUUGUCUGUUCACACGUGCCUGUACAAAUGCACAAAUGUUAUUUAUUUAUUGGGGUGAAGUUUCGAAUAAAAUUCAGCUUACCUUCCAAAA